AUGUUUCAUGUUACGUGUAAAUCUCAAUGGGUAUUUGGAGAGCCCCUCUUUGCUUCUCUGGCCAAAAAAGGACAUCACGUCACCGUUGUUAGUCCAUAUUCAUCGGGCAAAGUGAUUGAAACCUACAAUGAGGUCGUUAUUCCCGUGGAUUUUUCCGAGCAUUCAAAAAUAACGGACAGUUUUGCAAAAGGGCAUGGAUUUUCAAAGAAUCCAAUUGCUUUUAUAGGGAGAUUCAUUGGCAUGAUACUGGAAACCACAAAUGCAACUAUUAACCAUCCAACGUUUCAAAAAAUCAUGAAAGAAGAGAAUUUUGAUGCAGUAAUUCACGGAUUCACGAUGAAUAAUUUUCAACUGGGACUUUCGGCGCAUUUCAAGUGUCCUUCAAUCGUAUUGUCUUCUGUUCCCAUGAACGGAGCAUUUUCUGAGAUGGUUGGACAACCGUUGCACCCUGAAGCGGUCCCUUCGAUAUUUUUGGCAUCCAAAUUUCGCGGCACGAUGAAUUUUUGGCAGCGACUUGUUAAUUUGUUGGUUGUGGGUGCUGAACGAUUAAUUGGGGUUUUCCAAAAUUACUUGAAUUCAAAAUAUUAUGAAAGCAAUUUUCCACGUGAAAAAUAUCCCGCAUUUGAUGAAGUGCGGAAAAACGUUUCUUUAUUCCUCGCCAAUGAUCAUUUCUCGCAAGGAACUGUCAAGCCAAAUUUACCGAAUGUUAUUGAUGUUAGUGGAUUGCAAAUGAGCUCGGAGCCAGCCCCACUUCCGAGUGAUAUCAAAACGUGGAUCGAUGAAGCCAAGAACGGGUUAAUUUUUGUUUCUUUUGGAACGAAUGUCAAAAGCAAGGAUCUGAGAACCGAAAAACGACAAAUAUUAAUAAAUAACUUUGCAAAGUUAAAAGAACGAGUUUUAUGGAAAUUUGAAGAUCCAUCGCUUUUGCCGCAUCUCCCGCCAAAUGUCAUGAUAAAGAAGUGGCUGCCACAAAAUGACAUCUUGGCACAUCCCAAUACGAAACUUUUUGUGUCUCACAUGGGAAUUGGAGGCUUUAACGAAGCGAUGUAUCACGCAGUGCCAGUGGUGGCAUUACCGUUCGGUGGUGACCAAGGAUUUAACGCGGAAAAAGCUAGGAAACAAAGAUGGGCUGAAGUUGUAACACAAGCUGAAUUGAAUGAUUCAACAUUUAAAAAUGCCUUGGAAAAAGUGCUGAAUGACAAAAAGUACAAAGAAGCAGUGCAAAAGUUAUCAAAUUUGUAUCGUGAUAAACCGAUGACGGCAGUCGAUACGGCAAUCUAUUGGAUCGAGUAUGUGAUUAGACAUCGAGGAGCAAGACACAUGCAUUAUCCCGGUGCCGAGUUGAAUUUCAUUCAAAGUAACUCGAUCGACGUUUAUGCUUUUAUUCUUUUAAUAGUGUAUUGCUGCAUUAAAAUUAUUGGUUUUGGAUGUCGGAAAAUCAAAAAUUGUUGCUGCUCGAAAAACGUCAUUGGUGCUGAAAAUAUUCAAAAAUCGAAAAAACAGAGAAAACGGAAAACUCACUAA